UGAAACUUUUUUGCAUUUAGUGAAGAAGAAUCAUAAAAAAAGUUUUCUCUUUAUUUAUUUUUAUCUUUGGCGCUUUUUCACGUUGAAAAUGAUGGAAAAACUUAAGGAAAAAGGCUGGAAUCUCACUGAAGUUGGCGUGAGCAAGUUGACGGAAGAUGGGAAGAAUUGUGACCUGAAUUUUCUCAUAAAACAAGCUCUAAAUACAGAUUUGCGGGAUAUUGGGCACAAUAUCCUCCCGGCAGAGCUGAAGGGAUCAAAGUAUGAAGUUCCCGUGAAUGGGUUAAUUGUUCAGGUGGUCAAAGUGAGGAAUACGUCAGCUCCACGGGCGAAUGAGGAAUCAAAAGUAGCCCCAAGACUCCUCCGGAUUCACCUAACAGACGGUCAGGGAAUCAUUUCGGGCAUUGAAUACGAUUCCUUGCCACAGUUGAGCCUCAACACGGUCCCUGGGACGAAGGUUUUGCUGAAGAAUGGCCCAAUUCCCAUUGCAAUGGGAAAUCUCUUGCUUCGUGCGAAGAAUAUAGAAGUUCUCGGUGGCUAUGUGGAAGCUCUUGCGGAGAAAUGGGAGAUUUCACGGACACUGUCGAAAUUCGCCAAAGGUGGCGCCAGGGGGAGCUCAGCUGCACCACCGUGGAUACCCUUUGGGCAGAAGAUUGACACAAAAUCCCUGGAUGUGAAUAUAAAAUCCCUAACAAAUGAUCCGGAGAAGGAAACAGCCAAGGAGAACGUUGAGUUCAACACGCAACGCAGUGAGGCUAUUGCUGAGGCCUCAAAGGCAGCCACGGGGAAGAAAAUCUUCGGUGGUGGGCACAAGAUGAUGGAUCACAAUGUGCAGAAGAUCGUGGAUAAAGGUUACACGGAGGAGGAGGCACAGUUUGCCCUUAAAAUCUCCCGGAAUGACCUUGGGCGUGCCAUGAGGCACCUUAAGCGUCAGAGUGGAGCUGAAAGGCCACGCGAAGACCGUCAUGAAGGUCGCGAAGAGCGUCCGAGGCGCGGUGGACGCCACGGAAGGAAUGGAGCGGAGGGUGAGGAGGGGAGUGCUCGACCAUCUGGGAAAAUUUCUCUCUUUGACUUCUUAGAGACGAAACUUCCCGCAGAUGCGACUGAGGUAAGAUUGGACAAUCAUCCACCCCCAACAACAUACAACCGUCCGGAAGCUUCGAGCUAUCGUGGGGGGGACAAUCGCUGGAGUAAUGCGCAUCAGGAACGUGGCGGAAGGCGUCCAGGUGGUGGAGACUUCCGGAAGUCACGUGGAGGACCAUCAGACGCGAGAACAUUCAACGAUAGACGACGAACAGCGCCGAAAUUCAAUGCGGUGUGCAACCAAAUGGAGAAUCUCAAACUAUCCGGCGACGGAGGGAAUCGCCAAGAGGUCAACAAAACCUUCCCGCAGAUCCCCAAUGGGUUUGAUCCGAACAAAAUAAUGGGAUUUCAGAAUAAGGAGACCAAUGAAUUCGCCCGGAAUGUCCUUAAGCAGCAACAUAAACCUCAACCGGAGCCACAGCCAACCAUCACAACGUGGCAAUGGCGGAUUGGAGAUCGUUGUCUUGCCAAGUACUGGGAAGAUGGAAAAUACUAUAAUGCUCAAGUGACGGGAAUCACAGAGAAGACGUGCGUGGUGAUGUUCCUGGAGUAUGGGAACUACGAGGAAGUACUCAAGGAUGAUUGUCUCCCACUAACAAUGGAUGGAGAUCAACGGGGAGGCUUUGAGGGGCCGCACCAGCAGCAGCAGCAGCAACAUCAACGUUUCAAUGCAACCGGUGGAAGAGGAGGUCCAAAUUAUAGGACUGAGAGGCAGUUCUAUGCCCCACCGAGGAAGUGAUUGAUCAAUUUCGUUGAGUAUUUAUCAAAGAACGCAAGAAGUAAUAAAGAAAUGCACCAUUUGCAUAAUUUGAAACAAAAAAAAA